AUGCUGUUUCGUGAGCACUCAUUUGUUGGCUUCAUUGCUUCAUUGAGGUGUUACCUGGUUCUUCUUGUGUCACCGCCCUUCUUGUUUCUCUUGUUGUUGUUGCUGCUGCUGCUGCUGCUGGGUGUGUGGGCGGAGGGAAUGAUACGGCAAAGCCUCGAGGUGGUUCCCACCGUGCAGCCCAAGUACCGGCUGGAGGAGGAUGCACGGCAGGCUGCGGAGAAGCGCUGUCACGGCGGGCAGCAGCCAGUGGUCACGGCAGGGACGCGGGUGGAGCGUUACCUCAUCGUCAGCUGCGGUGAUGUUAUGUCGAUUGUGGGCGGUGGCAGCAGUCACGCUGCCGACAUAGAUUUUACUUCUGGCUGUGAUGGCAGCGGGAAUGAAGCGAGGACGGAGAGGGGUGGCGCUGGUGUUCGACUUUUCUCGUUGCUGCCAGCACCAGAACUGGCCUCUCGCAGGCCGCAAACACUAGAAGUGUUGGAGGCUCCGCGGAAGCGAUGGAAACGCAUUCGACGGACAGUGUAUCAGGCUUUACUGAGCCCUUCCGGAGCGUCUGGUGAAGCUGACGAGGCGGUUAAGGAAAGGGAGGAAGAUGAGGGAGACGAAACUGCAGAGGGCGACACGGCGCCACGCUUCAGCUCAGUUCCGCUACCCGAGUACGAAAACAUGGCAUGCAUUAUCCUCGCCAUUCCUGCUGUUACGGAAGGAAGACAGGUGGCACAGGGAAGACUGCUUGACGCCCCGCUACACACCCUCCGUUACGAACGCACAGGCGCCCCAAAAACAGGCCAAGGUAUUUCCACAUCGUGGUAUUCUGGUCUUGACGUCCGUUCUGUGGGUUUUAAGCGCAGCUACAUCGACGAUGACGACGGCGCGGAGGAAGGGGAUGCGCAUGGAAGCUUCUCUGAUGCUGUCAUGCCUGAGGCUCGACAGGACACUCGGAAGAAGCGUAAGGUGGACGCCGGUAACGCGACAGCUACGAGUGUGAAUGAAACAGAGGCAACGGGAGGAGAAAACGUUAGUCCAGACGAUGUGCAGCAGACGAAAAGUGAAGAGACCCCUGUGACGCUUUUGCCGACGUCAGUCCUUCGUUCUGUGGAGGGGGUUGCAAAGGCGAGCGAUGCGUUGGACUUCUCGGGCGUCAACGCAGAGGACCUGCAAGGCCUCACCGCCUCGCUUCUGCAGCAGUGGGCAUCCACUGGAAAAGCGGCCGUGCCCUUCUCCGAGGUGGCGAGGGUUGUGCUCAAGUUGCACCCAAAGUACACCGAAAUGAAAGUGAAACAUCAGUCCCCGGAGACCAGGCAGGAGGCGGUGGGGUGGUUUCGUGUCUCACAGUCGACCGUUCGGUCCCACGUUCUCCAUUUGGGAUACACGAUAGACAGCACAAACAACGUGUACCUAUCACAGCUGUCGCGCAGGUAG